AUGAGAAAUAGUUUAAAGCUAAAUUGUUUAUUUGCAGAAAAGGCCCUGAAAUUUUCGACAUUUAGUUAUUACACCCCAAUUCUAGUUCGGCGUCUACGAGAAUCACAAGACUUGAGUUCCGUGAUCUCCAACCAUUCCAAGAUCCUCAAGCGCGCGGCCUUUAACGUCUUGACGGGCAACCACUUGAUCAACGCGUACCUGAGAUGCGGGAACCUCGGCCAUGCACAGAAGGUGUUCGACGAAAUGUCGGAAAGAAACGUGGUGUCUUGGACUUCAUUGAUGGCUGGUUAUAUCGAUGGUGAUCGGCCGGAGCUUGCUCUUAGCCACUUCCGUGACAUGUUUGCGUGCAGUGUUUGGCCUAAUUCCUUCACUUUCGCGACUGCCAUAAAUGCCUGCGCGCACCUCGCUGAUUUGAGACGUGGCCAGGAAAUCCAUGCUCGUGUUGAGGCACUAGGCCUCCAUCUUGAUCUCGUUGUAGCUACUUCCUUGAUUGGUAUGUAUGGCAAGACGACAGACAUUGGGAAUGCUCGCCGGGUGUUUGAUAAAAUGACUAAUAAGAACAUUAUUACUUGGUGUUCCAUGGUUUCGGCAUACGCGCAGAACGCGUGUGGCUACAAUGCGCUCGCUCUUUUUGGCGAGUUCCUCAGACUAGAUAUGCGGCCAAGCCAUUUCAUGCUAUCCAGUUUGGUCAAUGCCUGUGCGAGCAUUGGGAGACUGAGCUCAGGGAGAUCAAUACAUGCAUUGGUUGUCCGGCAUGAUCACGAAGGGAACGAAGUCAUCGCCGGAGCUCUCAUCGACAUGUACUCAAAAUGUGGCUGCAUUGAUUACUCCAACAAGGUUUUCCAUCGUAUCCAGCAGCCGUCUCUGGUUCCAUACACGUCAAUGAUCGUGGCAGCGGCGAAGUACGGGCAAGCUAAAGUAUCUCUCAACCUAUUUGAUCAAAUGCUUGACCGAGGCAUUAGGCCCAACAGUGUGACCCUACUUGGAGUUCUCCAUGCUUGCACCCAUUCCGGCCUUGUAUCAACUGGUCUCACGUACUUGAAAUCCAUGCAUAAAGAUCAUGGCAUUGCACCUAACGUGAAGCAUUACACCUGCGCUGUUGAUAUGCUGGGGCGUGCUGGCCGGCUGGAUGAAGCCUGUGAGCUGUCAAAGGAGUUCCAAGCAGAAGGGGAGGACGUAUUGCUGCUAUGGAGCACAUUGUUAUCUGCCAGCAGGAUUCACAAGAGGCUGGACAUUGUGCUCGAGGCUGAGCAGAGGUUGGUGGGGUUCGACCGGGACGUGGCAGGAGCUUAUGUUGCAAUGUCAAACACCUAUGCAUCGGCUGGGGAGUGGAGCAAUGCAGUUAAGGUUCGAACAGAGAUGAGCCGGAGAGGUAUCCGAAAGGACCCUGGUUGUAGCUGGAUUGAGAUCAAGGACAUGGUUUAUGUGUUCUAUGCUGGAGAAGUGACCCAGUGUGCUCGAAGGACUGAGGUUGUGAAGCUGUUAAGGGAAUUGGAGGUGAGGAUGGAGGAGAGGGGGUAUGUAAAUGUCAACAGGAAUUUCAAGAUGGAGUUUGAUGAAACAGAGUUGGGGAUGGAGGACAUGUUGGGGAUUCACAGUGAGAGGCUGGCACUGGGUUUUGGCCUGAUUAGUAUUCCAAAAGGGAUGACUAUCAGGGUAAUGAAGAACCUGAGGAUGUGCAGGGAUUGCCAUGACAGGUUCAAGAUGAUCAGUGAUAUUGUUGGCAGGGAUUUUGUGGUGAGGGACCUCAACAGGUUCCACCAUUUCACGGCUGGGGUGUGUGCCUGUGGAGAUUAUUGGUGAUGAGAUGCCACUCUAAAUGUACGACUAAUAUAAUACUCUGUGUUCAUAGGAUUUUCAACAAGUUCACACGGGAGAAAAUGAAAUAGUUACCAAAACAAUGUUUUGAGUAUUUUUGGAGUAAUGUCUGAUUUACAUGCCAUAAAAUUUCGGCUGGUAUGUAUCAAAAAAAAAUUAAAAAGAACAAUUUACCAUGGACCAUUUACUUGGUUCAGACAAACACAAGAAAGGGUACUCUUUGUGUGAUUCUUCUGUGUUUGAAGGAUGUGCAUUCAAGCAGUGCACAUUCAAGGAAGAAAGAUAGUCAUGGCAGG